ACCACGAGGUCCCAGCUGUUUCCCGCCAUUGCUGAAUGUUUUUACUACAACAGCGUACGUACUUUAAUAAAAACACGCGAGUCUGCCAACAACAGCUUUGCUCUUUUUGUGUGUGUUUUGGAAACUGGAUGCAAAGGGUUCGAUGGCUUAUUACGCGGGGCAGAAGACCUUGCAAGAAUUCCGCAAGGCGGAGAAAGAAGUGAUUGGAGGCUUAUGCAGCCUCUCGAACAUCGCGCUGACACCGGAGAGCCAGCGGGAUCACGACCGCAGGAUUCGCAGGGAAAUAGCCAACAGCAAUGAGCGCCGGCGCAUGCAGAGCAUUAAUGCUGGCUUCCAGUCACUCAAAGUGCUGCUGCCGCACACAGACGGAGAGAAACUCAGCAAGGCAGCAAUCCUUCAGCAGACUGCUGAGUAUAUCUUUGCUUUGGAGGAGGAUAAGACCCGAUUGGUGCAGCAAAACGCACAUCUGAAAAGACUGGUCCAGGAAUAUUCUGGCUCCUCCCCAAAACGGAAACGAGGUGACGAAUCCGAUGAAGGGAUCGGUUCUCCGGAUUCCGCAGAUGAAGAGCUGGCUGAGUUAAGGCAACACCUGGAGAAGGAGAGGCUGAUCCGGAUUACACUGGAAGAGAAGGUGAAAGCUCUGGAGUCACAGCUACAGCCCGGCAAGCUGAAGGAGAUCCUACACCAGGCCCAACUACAGCAGGAGCACGAUGUGCUACUAGACCGGCAGAGGCAGCUUCUGGAGGAGCAACAGAGAAGCAUCAACAUACCAGCACAGGUGUCUAUCUCGCACAGUCCCCCAGCUCCAACUCAACACCCGACAGUCAUAGUGCCAGCACCCCUGACUCCAAGUGUCCUCCAGGUCAAUGUGGUAACCAUGGCGCCGAGCUCUGUCAUCAACACAGUGUCCACAUCGAAACAGAACUUGGAUACCAUUGUACAGGCUAUUCAGCACAUUGAAGCCAAUGAACAGGGCAUCAAAGAGGACCCAGCGAGAAUGGAGAAAGACAUCUCAGCUUUUGUGAACCUUGACAGGAUGCAGGAGGGCGUCAAGGAGAGGGAGUGGCAUGGGCUGGUGACAGCUUCGCCACUGAUUAUCAAGAGUUCCUUCAGUGACAUGGAGGCUGGAAGCCAGGACACUGAUGGGAGAGAUAUGCUGGCAAUGCUGAGGAGGCCCAAAGUGGAGGUGGAGCCAGUUCCCUCUGUACUGGUCCCAGGAACUGGUGUCCUCUAAGGGAGACUGUAGAGACGUGUCAGUGCGAACCAAGGAACGGAGGACAUUGUGGCCAGUCUAUAGAGUUUGAGAUUAAGGGAACCUUGAGUGGCAUUCCUCCCAAACUAACCCCUUUCUAUCCUUCCAGAGUGAGAGCAGCCUUGAAUGUACUCUCGUUGCAGCUUUGUGCACCGAAAGGUGGAAGGGGUUGAUUUUUCUUGGCCAGUUCAGAUUGCUGCAGUUUCCUCUCUGGCCAGUUGCAUCUGAGAGAUAAGCUUGUUGUCUGGAUCUCCUGUCAGUGAAUUUAUUAGCACAUAUGGCUGACUUCAUAAUUUCACACCAUCCAGGUAAAUCCAAUAUCUUUCACAAAACUUAAUUUACUUUAGCAACUACCACUGUAGUAAAUUACACUUUUUCAACAGCCCAAUUUUUGAUAUUUGGUCACCAGUGUCAAUCUACAUAGCAAAAUAAUCAAGCAUUAAAAUGCAAGGGCAAAUGUCUCUUGUGACUGAGUGCGAUUCCAAGACCAGGUGAGAAAAUAUUGGACCAUUUGUCUCCUAGCAAAAGACUAUUGCUUUUUUUUUGUGCCUUGCUCCCUGAAAGCUGUGCCUCGAUUGAGGUGGUUUGCCUGUGUCACUCACCUAUGUGCCCUGUAUUUGCUCUCCUUGCUUCGAGAAGCUGACUUUAAUGUACGUACCUUGCUUAACAAACAUUGGUAGUCAAUUUGACUGGGGUGGGAGUAAUGCGCAUUGUUUGACGCUGGCUUUAUCACAUGCUCAUACUUUCCACUGAAAGGUUACUGGAGAGUGAAUUGGCAGCAAGAGACCAGGCUUCAUUACUUUAUUCCCGGCCUGACCCAGGAGAUCCAAUUUAGCAGUGCAAUGCAUACCUCAGAGCAACUUUGCACAGACCAGGAAUGGAAACUGGGACCUUCUGGGCUGGCACUGCACCCAGUAAUUCAUUAUAGAACCGUGAGAUUGGAAGAACCCCAAGACAUAUUACACCUAAAAAUCAGUUAUGAAGUAAACACACUGAUCAAGCCAAAUCCCUUCUCAAAAUAUUUUAAGAGAAAAUAUCUGGUUAGCAGCAAGAUUUGAAACGAGCACGAGUGUGACCCUGUACCUUCGGGAUGCUCUACCCGUGGUCUGAAAUGGAGGGGUGGAAAGAAUCAUGAGAUUAGGUUGUUAAAAAUGACUAGCCAAUUUGGGAACAGUUUGGAUGGACUCUGCAUUUGUGUAGAUUUUUUGAGCAAUUUGGGCUGAUUAACUGCUUCAUGGUGUAUGGAUGCAUUGUGGAGUCACUACAGGGUUUGAUGUAAGGCUUUACUGUAGGUGAUAUCUUUUUACACAAUUUCUUUUUCAAAGAAAAAGUGCAUUUAUGGGAUAAUGCUAAAGAAGAACCUGGCAGUCUUUUAAACAGAUAUGAAUUGUCUUUUAUGAGUCACAGUAUGAAAUGUUGUCAGUGCAGCAUGUGGCAGAACAAUCUUUGGUCCCAGGCCUUUCAGUAUAUUGCUAGAAUCUGGUUGGUGUAGCCCAGUCUUAGCAGUACUACUCCCGUCUGUAUAUUGUAUGGGAGGCAAGGGUUGUACAAAAUGAUUUUAGAGCACUUAAAGUUGAGUUUAUAAAGGUUAUUUUGUUUAUUUUCUUAAAAUUUCACACUUCAAAUUGUAGUGUCUUUUUAACAAUUUGAGUGUAAUGCUUUGCGCACAAGAUUGACUUGUGACUUUUUCGGAAAAAAUGCUUUGAUCUCUAAACUGAUGGUUUGUGCCCUUUUUUAAAAAGAGCACUCCAUGUGUAAAUGUAUCAUCUUGAAUGUUGUUUCAGCUGUGUAGAGCAUAGAGGCCUCAGGGUUUCUUCUAUGUCAACUCAGAGAUAGGGUGGAUUUACAGGUGUGCUACUGACAGGAUUUGCAGUUUCUUGUUGGCUGCCCAGUCUCCUUUUGUACAAGCAUGGGUGUGAACCAUGUGCAAUUAUCCUCCCCACGUCCAGUCUGCUUCCAAAACACAAUCCAUUGAUUGAGAUACAUCAAAGGAGAUUAACAGUAAUAGAAGGAUUGGGGGGGAAAAAAAACCCAAAGGAAACAGUGUUAGCAAGUGUGUCCAGGAAAGUGGAGUUAAUGAUCUAACAUGAUUUUAUAGAAUGGCAGAGCAGACUUGUAACUAUUUUGUCAAUUCCCUGGUUUCAUUGGCUGUCUUCUGUGCUGUAAUAACUGUAUGAUCAGCCAUUCAAUGUCAAGUCUGUGUCAGAGGAGUAGUUGAGUGUUUCUUUCAGGCUGCUGCUUGUUUCCCACUGGAAGUUAUGGUUGAGGUUGAGAGGGUUUGCGGCCCUGGGUAUUUUUGACUUUUCCUGCUGCACACGUGGUCUACAACUGUCUGGAAGUGACUGUCACAGGCCAAAAGCCCCCCACAGACAAGGGUGAAAUUGUGAAAAGCUCUUCAAGUGAAUUAGCAAGUAGAAAUUUAUGUUCUUGCUCUGAGACCCAGAGCAGGCGCAGAUUGAGAUGGACUGUGAUGUGCUUCUGCAAUUCAUGGAAACUUGUUUUGAGUAAAGGACCACAUGUGAUCUUUGAACACUGGGCACCAGAAGGUGAUUUACACCCAUUGAAGAUUAGACUGAGCAAGAGUUGCACCAACAGAACUUGUGCUUACCCUUCCGUGGGGUGAGCUGCAAUGCUCAUGCCAAUAGAAUUACACAUCUCACUGAGCUGAGAUGGUGUUAGUUGGCAGCAUCAAGAGUGGGGAUGAACAUGGACAUUUCAGAGUACUCUGGCUGUAGCAGAAUAGCAAUAAAUGAACACGAACCAUGCAUAAAGAAUGAUAAUUGGUGACAGGGUUGAAAGUGCAUACAUUAGGGAUGCUGUACAUGAAGGAAUCCUACAGCUUUGCCUAUGGGUGUCAGACUCUCCAGCUGCAUUGAGGCUUACAGGAUGUUAAUUGGUUAUCAUCUUCAUGUUCUAACAUACAGCAUUGUCAUUAAAGCACUACCAGCUUUUUUUUUCUAAAA